AUGACAGAUUUCAGGUUGGUUGUCGCUCUCAGCGCUGGAGGCUCGAAGAUCGAUCUGCUGGCAGACCAAAUCAUCCAGUUCUGCCCAGCAAUGGUGGCUGUUGGGAAUGAUGAUGGUCUCAAGGCCCUUAAGGAGGCACUCAAGCUCAAGGGCUUCACUGGGCCUCACCCGAGGUACUUCGUCGGACCGUCUGGGCUGGAACGGAUUGCAAGGGACUGCCCAGCCGAUGUGGUGGUCACUGGUAUUGUUGGGUGCGCCGGUCUGCUGCCUACAGUGGCCGCGAUCGAGAGCGGCAAGGACAUUGCUCUAGCCAACAAGGAGACCCUUAUAGCAGGUGGGCCUGUCAUCGCGCCUCUCCUGAAGAAGUACGGCGUGAAGCUGCUGCCGGCUGACUCGGAGCAUAGCGCCUUGUGGCAGUGCAUGCAGGGAUGUCCAUCGGGCAGCAUCAGAAGUCUCAUCAUCACAGCAAGCGGGGGUGCUUUCCGAGACUGGACUAAGGAGCAGAUGGAGACGGCAACGGUAGAGGAUGCUCUCAAGCACCCUAACUGGUCGAUGGGGGCUAAGAUUACUGUUGACUCCGCCACCCUUAUGAACAAGGGCUUGGAGGUUAUCGAGGCACAUAACCUCUUUGGCAUACCUUAUGAUGAUAUUCGAGCUGUAAUACACCCACAGUCUAUCGUUCACAGUGCGGUCGAGCUGGAAGAUACUUCUGUCAUAGCGCAAAUGGGAGUACCUGAUAUGAAGCUGCCGAUACUGUACACACUGGCCUACCCACAACGUUUGCAUCACGAUGGAUCAAGCCUACAGCGGCUCUCUCUGAAGGACCUCGAACGUGGCCUUACUUUCAAGGAGGUUGAUACUGACAAAUACCCCUGUGUUGAACUAGCGUACCGAGCCGGCAGACGUGGAGGAACGGCCCCCGCAAUCCUGAGUGCGGCAAACGAGAAGGCAGUGGAGCUGUUCUUGGACCGAAAGAUCAGAUUUCCGGACAUUCCUAAGAUCCUCGAUGCGGUGCUCACCAAGGCCGAAUCGGAGGGCAUAAUUCUGGAUAACCCCACGGAGAUCCGCAACAUUGUAGAUGCGGACGCGUGGGGGCGGGAGGCUGCCGCGGCGGCGGCGGCGGUUGUUGUUAACCAGCGCUCCUGCUGA